AUGGAACGUCAAGUCACCUACGCUGAAUGGAGCCGCAUCGAUCGCAGACUCGACCGUUUUCCGGUAGACUGUAAGAACAACAAGCUCCAAAUAUCAGCGCAUACUAACAUACCCCAGGCCCAUUACCGUCGAAAAGCCCACUCCCUUUCACAUUCGACCUCGGCAACCUGCUCGCCACAGCAGAGCCCAAACCCCGUCCCCGCCGACGCAGACGAAGAGGUCUUGCGCUCCACCGCCCGCGACGCCGCCCAAGCCCUUGUGAACCAGCUGCUCUCAACCUGCCAAAUCAAGUCCAGCGCGGAAGGCGUGCACCUCGUCCUGCCCUCCCCCAGCACCCCACUUCCCCGCGAAAAGCCCAUUCCCGCCGUCAAAGAGGCCACCAAAUGGGAGCGCUUUGCCGCCAAGAAGGGCAUCAAGGACAAGAAGCGCGACGGCAAGCUUGUAUACGACGAUGCGAGUGGCGAGUGGGUGCCCAAGUGGGGCUACAAGGGCAAGAACAAGGACGGCGAGAACGACUGGCUUGUUGAGGUGGAUGAGAGCAAGGAGGCGAAGACGGGCGAGGCACAUGAUGCGCGUGCGGACAGCCGGAGGGAGCGCAAGGAUCGGAUGAAGAGGAAUGAGAGGAAGCAGAGGAAUAACGACAGGGCUGGGAGGAAGAACGGUGCUGCGUAG